CUGCCGUUAAUAUCAGCAAAGAAGAGUAAGAAGCUGAAAGCGGAAGUGGAGUAUUCUGGUGUCCUUGUGAGUGACAGAGGCGAAAGUAAAGAUGAACAGACACAUAUUUGCGCUCCAGCAGGUGGCGCGGCGGACCAUCUCCAGCUCUGUCCGGCGGCAGCUGGACAACAAAGUCCCGCAGAAACAAAAGCUGUUUCAGGAGGAUAACGGGAUGCCGAUUCAUUUGAAAGGAGGCAGCGGCGACGCUCUGCUGUACAGAACAACAAUGGCCCUCACCAUCCUGGGAGCCGGAUAUGUUGUGUAUGAACUGGUGGUGGCAGCGUUCCCUCAGAAGAAAGACUAACUCCAUCUCUACAGCUGUUUACUUUCAUUUUACAAAUCGGCCAGCCGCUCUAUAUUGUACAAAAAUAUGAUAAUACUCCGUCUGUGCCGGGCUGUGUAUUUUCUGUCAUGAUGGGAUAUUGUUUCAUGUUCAUGGGAUCAAUAUUUAUUUCUUGCACUCUCUGUGGUAACCUGAGGAUCAAUAAAAAAAUGCCUCUCAUGACCAAAA